AUGGGGAUCAACCUACGAGGUCAGUCGCAGAACCUCGAGGCCCGGCCCGAUCAGCCCGAAUUCAAGCACGAGCACCAAGACAAAGGUCUGGCUCUUCUCUCUUCUCUCUUCUCUUUAUUACUCACUAUUCAGUAUGGAGCUCAACCUCUCAUCUCCAAACGCUUCACCAGGAGAGAAGUGAUCGUGACUUCAUCUGUUUUGGCAUGUGAGGUGGUAAAGGUUGUUUGUGCCUCUAUUCUUAUGGCAAAAGAUGGUACUUUGAAAAGGCUAUUCAAGGAGUGGACUUUGAUUGGCUUUCUGACUGCAUCAGGACUCCCAGCUGCAAUUUAUGCACUGCAAAAUAGCUUGUUGCAGAUAUCUUACAGAAAUCUUGAUUCACUCACAUUUUCAAUGCUGAACCAGACCAAACUAUAUUUCACAGCUUUGUUCACCUAUAUAAUAUUAGGGUAUGUGAUCACUUGA